UUGACGAGUUUGCGGCAUCGUCAGGGGAAACCACGAUUGACGUCGUGGAUCAAAUUUCGUGAAGUGGUAGAACGUGAAUUCGUGCCUUACAACUACGAUAGUAUCGUUUACCAACAAUUGCAUAAUUUACGUCAGGGCGUGAGAUCGGUGGAUGAUUAUACUCAGGACUUUUAUCGCUUGCUUACUCGUGUGGAAAUUUCUGAACCUCGGCACCAGAUUGUGGCACGUUACGUUAGUGGUUUACGGGCUAAUAUACGGGAGACGUUGAAUCUUUUUCGGCCCGACACGGUCUCUGACGCACAUCAACGGGCCGUGUUGAUCAAGUUGCAGCAGGGUCCGAAGGCAGGCCCAACUUUCGGUUCAUCUUCGCGACAGCAGAUGCGCUCCUUGCCGGCAUCGCAGCCUAUUCCGACGCAUGGGGCUGUGGCGAGCCGUUUUCCGACCGGGGCUGGGACGUCUUCACAAGGUGGUGGGUCCGCGGGGCAGCCACCGUCGACGAACCUUCCGCGGGCUGUGGCAGGAUUACGGUGUUUUGCGUGUGGAGAAAUGGGGCACCGCCAAUCGGCAUGUCCGAAAGGUACAGGGUCUCGGGCUCUUUUUACGGAGGAAGGUGGUGAGUAUGAGACUCUGGUGGACUAUGAGGGUGCGCCG